GAGCAGCAUUUGUUAAGUAUGAUUAAGGGGGUGAAUGUUUUAUACUUUGGGCCGUGUAGCAGCCAGUGGCAUAGAAAACACUGCAUGGGUAGAUGGAAGAAUGGAUUCCAGUAAAUAUCAGCAAAUUCUGGAAGCUAAUGUGAUACAGUCAGUCGAGAAAAUGAAGCUGAGAGUGAGACUGGUUUCUACACCAGGACAAUGAUCUAAAACAUACCUCAAAAUCCACCAUCAUCUACUUCAAUAAAAAACGCAAGCUGAAGCUUUUGGAAAGGCCCCCACGUUCUCUUGACUUGAACAUCAUCAGAAGUCUGAGGAUAGGUCUUAAACAUGCCGUGCACGCAAAAUGGCCCAAGGAUAUCUCAGAACUAGUAACGUUCUGCCAGGAAUAGUGACUGAAACAUCCUAAAACAAUACUACUAGAAAAUCUCCAAGCUGGCAGCAAAAAAAAUACGCAAGCUAUGAUAUUUGCCAAAGGGUGGUGUUACUAAUUACCGACAUAGUAGGGUGUACAAAUUUUUUUCACCUGCCACAAUUACUGUUUUUUUUUUCUUUUUAAAAGUCCUUCAAAUAUAAAGUAACUGUCCAUUAACGUGUGCAAAAAAAUGUUAUUUGUUAAAAUUGUUUGCUGCAGAGAUUGUGUUUACGUCAUUUCACUUUAAAAAUCAAACAAAGGUGAUGAAACUUGUACAGACAUCUGUACAGGAAUAACAAGAAACCGGAAAAUCAAGCUACAGUCGGUACAUCAGCUUGUCAUAAAGAUAAUUAUCAUGUCUCUGGGAAAUUCAAGCUAAAUGACUACAAGCCCAGAAAUGUCACUGCUCUGGGUAUGUAAGCCAGGCACACAACAGAAAUCAGAAAACUGACUUUCUGCAGACUUAGAGACACAGAAGCAGCUUAAAGUGCCACAACCAACUGCAAGCAGAACAGCUCAAGAGAAGAACGUGACAGGUAUCAUGUAUCCAGGAAUGAACAUAGCAAGACCUCAGGAUUUGGUAAUGAGCUGUAUGGAUGAGCUGGUUGAGAAUGUGAAUGAGACACGGCGGAUAUGUAAAGAUUUGCUGAACCAGGGUCUGCUGAGUGAGGACAGGUACCGGACCAUUGUAGCAGCUCCAAGCUCUCAGGAUAGAAUGAAGCAGCUCUUGCAUGCUCUGUCUAGCAAAGGACAACAGGGGAGAAAUGCCCUUUACAGACUACUACAAGAACAUGAGCCUGAGCUUACUCUGCAGAUGGAGCAUGCCGUAUAUGUGCAUGUGAUGAGGCAGAAGCUCAUUCAGUCAGUGAGGCAAGUGGAGCCAGUGGCCAACCGAAUGCUCACCCAGGGCCUGAUCACGGAAGAAGAGUACUUCCAGGUGUGUGAAGAGGAAGGAAGCGAAGCAAGGAUGUACGCCAUGUUCCAAGUUUUGGAGCAGCAAGGGAUGAAACAGAGCGACGGGUUCUACAAUGCGCUUUUCCACUGUGAGCCUUUACUGUACCGUGAGCUAGAAAAAGACCGAGUGCUUCAGAUGUGUGAACUGGAUAAAGAAAAUGACCAAUUAGUGCACCUUAUACAGGAGGACAAUCUAGAAGAGAGGUGGAGAGAGCUGGAAAGCAAAGAAAAGCAAGUGGAAAAAGAGAAGGAGAAGCUGAGGAGGGAGUGGGACCUUUUAGAAAAACAGAAAGCAGAGAUGGAUCAGGAGAGAAAGCAAGUCCUUGAAAUGAAACGUGAACUUGAACAAUUCUGGAGGAAGCGGGAUGAGACGGAGGAGGAUGUGAUUUCUCACUUUCACACUGGAAUAGAAGAGCAGAGAAUGACAGGACAAUGGGGACACCUGAAUAACAACGGCUACUCCAUGUCAGUAAAUGCGAACAACUUCUUGUCGUUCAACUGAUCUCUGAUUAAUGAACUGAAAAAAAUCACACAAAUGAUGUAACCAUAACAGGCCUUUUCAGACUCUGUACAUGGUUGACAGUGAAGUUAUAAUGUGAUAUUUUUAUAUUUUUAGGUACAUUAAUAUGUUUUGUUUUUAAUAUGUUCUAUUAUUUUACACCUAAGUACUGCCUGUGAAUGUACUGUAUGUAUCAUAUAUAUAUAUACAAAUAUAUAUAUAUAUAUAUAUAUAUAUAUAUAUAUAUAAAAUGACACAUAAUAUAUAUGUAUAUAUGUAUGUGUGUGUGUGUGUGUGUGUGUGUGUGUUUGUGUGUGGCUGCUCUGGCUCCUGAUUUAGUUAUAUUAUAUAGAUGAUAGCUUGGGUUAUACAUAUUUAAAAGAAAAAAAUCUUAACUAUACUUCUAAAUAGUUCGUUUAUGCUGCCUUUCAGUAUAUAUACAAAGAAAUGAUCUUUCCACAUAGAAAAUAUCUGAUGCAAAUAUGAAGAAACUUUUUUAUCGGAAAUGUCACCAGAAAAAUCUAAUUGAAUUAAGAUUCAAUUGAAACAUUCUGUAAAAUUUUACCGUCAUGUUUAAACAUCAGUCAUUGAAACAAUGAUUCUAAGUGUGUACUGUGUACAAUUUUUAAAUAGAUGUUAUUGCAUUAUAUUGGAUUUAUGGAAAACCAAGGAAGUAGCCAUUAAGCUAUAUUAUGGAAGCGCUACUUACACUGUGAAAAAGUCCUUUAAUCACUUAAAAAUUUACAAUAACUGAUUAAUUAAUAUAUACAGUUUCUUAGUGUAAUGUUUUUACAGCUUUCUUAUAGUAAAAGCACAUUACUGUACUACAUACUGAUAACAGCAUAUUACUUUAAAAACAUUGCUAAAUGUUUAUUGAUAUUGUUGUUGAGCUCUUUCACUGUCAAAUGUACAUCUUAAAUAAAUGUAAAAGAGUGACAAA